AUGAGAAGGAGGUGUGCAUUCUCUCCAGACAUUGCACAGACAGCCAGCUGCAAAGGAGUGUCCACAGCGCUCAAUGCCCUCAGCUUUGACCUGGACAUCCCUGAGAUUGACUGCGAUUUGCGGACCGCACAGGAAGACCAGGGUGCCAUAUUUGAGGGUACCAGCAUCCCGGUCAGCUUUGGCAAUGAUGAAGCAGCAGGGGCUGCAUUGGAGAAUGGGGUUGUGAUUGUGGACCGUACUCACUGGGGACGGCUCCGUGUGUCUGGCGACGAUCGGUUGAAAUUCUUGCAUGGGCAGUCAACAGCGGACUUCCUUGCUUUGCAACCAGGGACUGGCUGCCGGACGGUAUUUGUGAACAGGAAUGGCCGCACAAUCGACUUGGCGAGCUGUCUGGUGCAAGGCAGCAGCAUCAUGGUCAUUGUCUCGCCAUUGAAGAGGACAGCGAUCAAAGACAGACUUGAGCAGUACAUCUUCUUUGGAGACAAGGUGGAGGUGCAGGACAUUUCGAGCAGCACAGUCCUCUUCACGCUGGCUGGGCCAGGUUCAGAUGAGCUGAUGACCAAGCUGGGUGCGGGUUCUCUGGUGGACCGCGAAGAGGGGAGCCAUGCAGUGUUUGGCGCAGCUGGCCAGCCUGUGGUGGUGAGCGUUGCAGCAGAGCUCGGAGUGGCAGGCUACUCCAUCGUAGCCUCAGAGGGCAUUGGCGGGGACUUGUGGCAGCGCAUUGUGGGCCAGGGCGCAGUCCCGAUGGGGGAGGCUGGGUGGGAGCGGGCGCGGGUGCUUGCUGGCCGCCCUGCGGUGGACCAUGAGUUGACAGACCUCUACAAUCCUUUGGAGGCCGGCCUGUGCUCUGCUGUGUCAAUCACCAAGGGCUGCUACAUCGGCCAGGAGACACUGUCAAAACUCACAAACCUUGACGCAUUGAAGCAACAGCUUUGGGGAUUGGAUCUCUCUGCUCCUGCGAGCGUGGGGGAUGAGAUCUCAGAUGGCUCGACAAAGGUUGGGGUCUUGACAAGCACUGGCCAGAGAUGGGAUGGCAGCCCCUUUGCCUUGGGCUACAUCCGUGCUGAGACCAAACAGGCUGUAUCUGCUUAG